UUGGUCCGGGCGUGUUCCGCUCGACGUGAUUGGUCCGGGCGAGUCACCUUGCUGUACGCAGCGGAGCGACAGCAGCGCAGGAGUCCUCCAGAAACCCGAACCAGCACCGAGCUAUGGCAGCCGCAGCGGACACGACCAAGACCAGGCCCAAAACCUCGCCCAAAUCGAUUAAGUUCCUCUUCGGUGGCUUGGCUGGGAUGGGUGCCACGGUGUUUGUGCAGCCGCUGGAUCUGGUGAAGAACCGAAUGCAGUUGAGCGGUCAGGGCUCCAAGGCUCGCGAGUACAAGACCAGCUUCCAUGCCGUGGCCAGCAUCCUUCGCAACGAGGGCAUCGGCGGGAUCUACACCGGACUUUCUGCGGGUCUGUUGAGACAGGCUACCUACACCACGACCCGUUUGGGCAUCUACACCGUCCUGUUUGAGCGCAUGUCCAAAGCUGAUGGCACACCUCCUAACUUCUUCAUGAAGGCUCUCAUCGGGAUGACCGCCGGGGCCACAGGGGCCUUCAUUGGGACUCCGGCCGAGGUGGCGCUUAUUCGAAUGACGGCUGAUGGGAGGUUGCCUCCAGAUCAAAGGAGGGGCUACACAAAUGUCUUCAAUGCCCUCAUCAGAAUCACUAGGGAGGAGGGAGUCACCACACUCUGGAGGGGUUGCAUACCCACCAUGGCCAGAGCAGUCGUUGUGAACGCAGCCCAACUUGCUUCAUAUUCCCAGUCCAAACAAGCACUGUUGGACUCUGGAUAUUUCAGAGAUGAUAUCUUGUGUCACUUCUGUGCCAGUAUGAUCAGUGGACUGGUCACCACUGCUGCCUCCAUGCCAGUAGACAUCGUUAAGACCAGGUUUCUAAAUGAUCCGCCUUAUAAAUCUGACAGAAUGGUGCACAUGUUCUCAGAUGAACGUUAUACUCAGACUCACAGCAUAUGCAGAGAUGAUGUAUUGGUGAAGGUCAUAAGGAAGGAAGGCUUCUUCAGUCUGUGGAAGGGUUUUACUCCAUAUUACGCUCGUCUCGGGCCACACACAGUUCUCACCUUCGUCUUCCUGGAGCAGAUGAACAAAUUCUACAAGAUCUAUUUCCUCGACUCCUAGAUUGUGACCCUUUGCUGUGUUUGUAACUCAAGACAAUGUGGACUCUUAUAUUGCACAGACUGAUUAGCUAAACUGUAAAUUGUAUUGAAUGAAGGGAUCAUUGACAACGCUCAUUGUAGUUUUGAAUGAUAUUUAUGUAAUUCUACUCUCAUUUGGGGAUGUUUGCUAACGUUGAGCACAAUUAAUGUUGUAAGGAAGAUAAUGUGGUGUGUGUGAAGGCCAACACUACACCAGACGGCUUGUUGUGAUGUAUUAAAUGAUGUAACGAGGUAUUUGAGCAGUCAUUUUCUGGUCUGAGGAGCUAUGAAAGUAACUAGACACAACUUGAUAUGUCCUUCCUAGUAUAUCUAAGGUGUAGUAUUUUUGAUUUUUUGAUGAAGAGCAGUAUCCAACAAAGAGCCCAGCUUUUUAUAUAAAACGAAAUCCCGCGGUUGUGGCUUUCUUGAAGUAAAGAAGCUAUUAAAAAAAA